GUGCGUCCAAGAAGGAGGUGUCGGCGGCACAAGGACAGGAAGAUAUGUUUUUGUUAUUGUUGCUCUUCUGAUAAGACUCACCAACACUUACCACCCUGUUUCAGCACUCUUCUCGCUCAGGAGGGAUUCGUUUUCCUGUUGAAAAACUUGCUGUUGUCUUUGGGGAAUGUUGCGGUUGAUGCACGCGCUGUGCGUCACUGCACCCGACGUACGACGUCCGACGGCAGUAAGGUGUCCGGGGCGCGUGUGACGAGUGGAGCUGAAGAAGUGCAUAAGCGAUCGCGGUGCCUUGAGUGGACUUUUUCCAGUGGUUUGCAGGGCUCGCAGGACCCCGUGAGUAUCUGGACCGAAACGGGACUCACAACCCGAGAGAGACGUGACUUGAGAGGAACGAGCCCUAGUAGCCGGAUGACCUACUUUUUUCAUGGAUCAUUUCGUUUUUUGAGGACACUAACUGUCGUUUUGUCAUUUUUCACUCGGAAUAAAUCCACGCAUUGUUAAUUCCCCCCUACUGUUCAAGAUUGGAGGAAUUGCGCGCCAAUCGUGGAUGUUUUAAUAUGCUAGAAUGAGUCCACUCGCGUUCAUCCUGGUGGGUGGAUUAUUGUGCUUUCAAGUGGAUGGAUCCCGUCUGCGCCAGGAGGACUCACCACCUCGGAUCGUCGAGCACCCCUCUGAUCUGAUCGUGUCCAAGGGUGAGCCGGCCACCCUCAACUGCAAAGCGGAGGGCCGGCCCACGCCCACAGUGGAGUGGUACAAGGAUGGUGAACGGGUGGAGACGGACAAGGACGACCCGCGCUCGCACCGCAUGCUGCUGCCUAGCGGCUCGCUCUUCUUUCUGCGUAUCGUGCACGGGCGGCGGAGCAAACCCGAUGAGGGCGCCUAUGUGUGUGUGGCCCGCAACUACCUGGGCGAGGCCAUCAGUCGCAACGCCUCCUUGGAAGUAGCAUUGCUGCGAGACGACUUCCGGCAGAACCCGACCGACGUGGUGGUGGCAGCGGGCGAGCCGGCCAUCCUGGAAUGCAUUCCUCCAAGAGGUCACCCCGAACCCACCAUCUACUGGAAGAAGGACAAAGUGCGUAUUGAGGAUAAGGAUGACAGAGUCACGAUCCGUGGAGGGAAGCUGAUGAUCUCAAACACAAGGAAAAGCGAUGCCGGCAUGUACAUAUGUGUGGGCACCAAUAUGGUGGGAGAGCGCGACAGCGAGACAGCACAAGUUACCGUGUUUGAGCGACCGACAUUCCUCCGCCGCCCCAUCAACCAAGUAGUGCUUGAAGAUGAGAUGGUAGAGUUCCGCUGCCAGGUGCAGGGAGACCCCCAGCCUAACGUGCGCUGGAGGAGGGACGAUGUCGAUGUUCCUCGUGGGAGGUAUGAAAUCAAAUACGACAAGGACGACUACGUGCUGAGGGUGAAGAAGGCAUCAGUCAGCGACGAGGGCACCUUCAGCUGUGUGGCAGAGAACCGCGUCGGCAAGCUGGAGGCUUCUGCCACUCUUACCGUACGAGACGGCCGUGUCGCUGCCCCGCAGUUUGUUAUCCGUCCGAGAGACCAGAUUGUGGCGCAAGGACGUACUGCCACUUUUCCCUGCGAGACCAAAGGAAACCCUCAGCCUGCAGUAUUCUGGCAAAAGGAAGGAAGUCAAAAUUUGUUAUUUCCAAACCAGCCCCAGCAGCCCAACAGCCGCUUUUCCGUGUCAACGGGUGGCGCCCUCACCAUCACGUCGGUGCAGCGGGGUGACGCCGGGUACUACAUAUGCCAGGCAUUGACGGUCGCAGGUAGCAUCCUGGCCAAGGCACAGCUAGAAGUCACAGAUGUCUUGUCAGACAGACCGCCGCCCAUCAUCCGCCAAGGCCCCUCCAACCAGACUUUGAGUGUGGACAGUGUCGCCCUUCUCAAGUGCCAGGCGUCGGGCGACCCCAUCCCCUCAGUCAGCUGGCUCAAGGAUGGCGUCAGCUUGCUGGGGAAGGACCCCCGUAUGUCCCUGCAGGAAUUGGGCAGUCUGCAGAUUACCAACAUUAAGCUCUCUGACUCUGGGAUCUACACAUGCGUGGCCACAAGCUCCAGCGGAGAGACGUCGUGGAGUGCCUUCCUCGAAGUUAAAGAGGCUGGCGGCAUAGCUCUUACAAAGAACCACAAUGACGACGAGCUCCCAGGACCGCCUUCCAAACCUCAGGUUACCGAUGUCACCAAGAACAGCGUUUCUCUAUCCUGGCAAGCCGGGCUGGUUGGCGCGUCGCCCGUCAGUUCCUUUGUCAUCGAAGCCUUCAGCCAGUCAGUGAGCAACAGCUGGCAAACAGUCGCAGAUCACGUGAAGACCACCCAGUUCACCGUCAAGGGUCUACGCCCCAACACUAUCUACCUGUUCAUGGUCCGAGCGGUCAACAGCCAGGGCGUGAGCGAUCCGAGUCCCAUGUCGGAGCCCGUCAGAACACAAGACAUCAGUCCUCCGGCUCAAGGUGUGGACCACCGACACGUUCAGAAAGAGCUCGGCGAGGUCAUCGUUCGCUUGCACAACCCCGUGGUCUUGAGUCCCACGGCUAUCCAAGUCACAUGGACGGUGGAUCGCCAAUCCCAAUUCAUCCAGGGUUAUCGAGUCCUGUACAGGCAGACGUCUGGGCUGCCAUCGCCAGGACACUGGCAGACGCAGGAUGUCAAGGUCCCGUCGGAGCGCGGCGUGGUCCUGUCAUCUUUGAAGAAAGGCAUCGUGUAUGAGAUCAAGGCCCGACCUUACUUCAACGAGUUCCAAGGCAUGGACAGUGAAUCCAAGACUGCGCGGACCACCGAGGAAGCCCCCAGUGCUCCACCUCAGCAGGUGACAGUUCUCACCGUUGGAAACCAGAACAGCACGUCUAUCAGUAUCUCCUGGGACCCCCCUCCGCCAGACCAUCAGAAUGGUAUCAUCCAAGAAUACAAGAUUUGGUGCCUUGGGAACGAAACACGUUUCCACGUCAACAAGACGGUGGACGCAGCUAUUCGCUCGGUGGUAGUUGGCGGGCUGCAAGUGGGUGUGGUUUACCGGGUGGAAGUGGCUGCCAGCACAACCGCAGGGGUGGGAGUCAAGAGUGAACCCCAGUCUAUUGUCAUUGGCAAGGCUUUCCAGGACGUGAUCAUCCACGGGAACCGCAACAAUAGCAUCACAGAGCAGAUCACUGACGUGGUGAAGCAGCCGGCCUUCAUUGCCGGUAUCGGGGGCGCCUGCUGGGUCAUCCUCAUGGGCUUCAGUAUCUGGCUGUACUGGCGGAGGAAGAAGAGGAAGGGUCUGAGCAACUAUGCAGUUCAGUCCUUCACCUUCACCCCUGCAGUUACAUUCCAGAGAGUCGACGGUGGUCUAAUGAGCAACGGGAGUCGACCAGGCUUACUCAAUCCCAGCGACCCAGGUUACCCCUGGUUGGCUGACUCCUGGCCCGCCACCAGCUUGCCUGUCAACAGCAGCUCCGGAGGACCUAAUGACCUCACCAACUUUGGCCGAGGAGAUAUCACAAGCAACCAAGGUGACAAAACAGGCACCAUGCUUUCAGACGGAGCCAUCUACAGCAGCAUCGAUUUCACUACCAAAGGCAACUACAGCAGCCCGGGCCAAGCGUCACAGGCCACCCCUUACGCCACUACUCAAAUCCUUCACACGAGCAGCAUCCACGAGCUGGCCGUGGAUCUUCCUGAGGCUCAAUGGAAGGCCUCGCUCCAGGCUAAGCAGGAGAUGGCCAACUUGGGCUACUCGCUACCCGACAAGAACACCUGCAACAACACCCUUCUUUUCAUUCCCGACUACCGACUGACCGACGGGCUGUCUAAUCGAAUUCCACACAACCAAUCGCAAGAUUUCAGCACCACCAGCUCUCACAACAGCUCAGAGCGAAGCGGCAGUCUCUCAGGUGGCAAGGGAGGAAAGAAGAAGAAGACAAAGGCCGGUUCUAAGCCCCCGAAAGUCAACGGUUCCAAUUGGGCCAAUGUCCCCUUACCCCCUCCCCCCAUUCACCCGCUUCCUGGCACAGACAUGGACCACUAUCCCAAUGAGCACCACGACGGGUAUGAGAGCGACGGUUGGGGUCCGCCGAUGCCGGUGCAGACGUACCUCCAUCAGGGCUUGGAGGAUGAGCUGGAAGAAGAGGAGGAGCGUGUGCCCACCCCGCCCGUCCGGGGGGUGGCGUCUUCCCCAGCCGCCGUCUCCUUCGGACAGCAGUCCACGGCUACCCUCACCCCGUCGCCACGGGACGAGAUGCAGCCCAUGCUCCAGGCACAUCUGGACGAGCUGACCCGAGCCUACCAAAUGGACAUGGCCAAGCAAACAUGGCACAUUCAAGGGGGGGCCCUUCCGCCCCAGGCUCCGGCCCCUCCGGUGGGCUAUGUGUCAAGCACAAUGGUGUCCGACAUGGAGACGGACCUGCCGGACGACGAAGGCGAGGAAGACGACGACGAGGAAGAUGAAGGGUACGGAGCCAGGCAUCCCCGUGGAAUCGAGCACACGCCAGGGUCUAGCAUGGACAACCUGGACAGCUCUUUGACAGGCUCCAUGGUGAACGGUUGGGGCUCGGCCUCUGAGGACGAGCGCAAUUUCUCCAGCCACCGCUCCAGCUUGGGUAGCUCGUCUGACGGCUCCAUCUUUACCCACUGCAGCUUUGCCCAGGCCCUAGUGGCCGCUGCGGACAAAGCAGGUUACCAGCUGGACGGCACGAGCCUCAGCAAGCGUGGUCGGUGUAAAAGAGAUAAAGGCUUGUCCCAAAGACACCGGCCUGGCAGUCCUUUCUCAACAGAUGGCAGCACAGUAGGAAGUCAUAGCUUGGGCCACCCGAGGGCCCAAAGGCCAGCACGCAAACCCCGGAACCAAGGCACGGCACCCCACCGCAGAGAUGCCGGCGCAGACGCAGACCUACCUCCCCCUCCUGAGCCUCCACCUGGCCAGGGCCAAGCCCGAGCCCAGACAGGGCGCUGCAUCAACAGCAUGAUCCCCCCUCCGGAGAGAAAGGCGACGUCUCUGGAGCGCCCGCCCAUGUCGGGACCACUGUCCGCUAUGGCGGACGACAGGCAAAUGACACGUGCCACCCUGGAGCAUCACCGGCAGGCUCAAGAGCGACUGGGCUCUGCAGAAAGAGGCGACGAUGUGCGCAGAGGUUAUAAGACUGAGGACGGAUGCCUGCCAUACCAUAAACCGUCCUUCCCGUCACCAGGUGGCCACAGCUCAUCGGGGACGACCUCCUCCAAGGGUUCAACGGGCCCCCGCAAGACAGACGGCCCGCGGCAGCCACAGCAGUGGACGGCCAUGGAGCACGCAGACUUCCUGGGGACCAAUGGACAGGGGCAGUACUCAGGAGAGUUAUAGUGUUUCACUUGACGAAGAUCUGACGAAAAAAAAUGAUGGUGGACCGUUCAUGUCCAUGUUCUCAUCAAAGGCAACAAUGACGUCUUGCCAAUUCUCGUUUUGUCCUCUUCCUUGAAAGAAGGACAUCCUGGUGGUAGGAACGACGGGGUGUCACAAGUGUACAUGUUCGACGUACGAUGUAUAGACACAGACAUAUUGUACAUCUCACUAUGGUUUUGGUCUUUGAGGAAAAACUUUACUGUAUUUGGGGAGGGAGGGGUUGUCUGAAAAAACACACACUUUCUGGUGACCGCCCUUUUUUAAUUUAGAAUUUCCGUGUAAAUAUCUUCUUUCAACUUGCUGUUGCUAUGCAAGCCUCCAACAGUUUAUUUUUUAAUUGUUUUUGUUGUACUAUAUGUGAACGGUGUGGCUGCUGUGCCAUAAAAUUUUCUUUUUAAAAAAAGUUGCCAUUAAUUAUUAUAAUUAUUAUUAUUAAUUAUUAAUUAUUGUUGUUUUGCACUGCAACUUUUUGGUGAUAAGCACAAAAAAAAAGACCAUAGCUCCUGCUGACAUGAAGAAAAUGAUGUGAAGAGGAGUUUCUGUACUGUAAAGAGAAGAAGAGAAUUAUAUACAGAGAAAUGUACAGAGAGAUGUUUUGUUUUAAAAGAUUGGCGACAAGGUGAGGCAGACAGGAAGUCCUUGGGGCUCGGAAAGAAAACUGUCACUUUAAGGCGACCAAUUACACAUUUAAUACUCAUUUGGGGGUAUUUAUUUUGUUAUUAACUCUAGUUUUAAACAUUUGACCACACUGAGGUGAUGUUUCAGCACUUGGGCAAAUGUGAAGCAUCUCCAAAAUGUUUACAUGUUAAUUUUGUAUCUGUUUUGUUUAUUAUGUAAUUUAUACUUUGGAUUUAUAUUUUUGGGGAGAACUUAAACUUUUUAUGCUCCGAAAUUUAUGUUAUCCACCCUCAUUCGAGUCACUUGCACAUUGGCCGCCUGUGUGCAGCUUUUAGAAGGUUUCUUGUUAAAUCCCGAUAGAGACGGACCGUGGACGUUGGAACACCAAACACAAAUAUACACAGCAGUUAAAGGGGAAGUUCAAAACUUUUGAUAUUCAUCUUAAUUUUCGAGUUAGCAGGGGUUUAAUUAGUCGGUGGAGUUGGUUUCAACAAAUUCCAUGCAGUUUGUUAGUUAUUUGUUAGUUGCAGGGCUCCGAAGUGGCUAAUCUAGCGCGAGUCAAUUGCUAGCUAGCAUGCCAAUAAAAAAACAACACAUGAGAAUCACCAAUGACCAGAGGUGGGUAGUAACACGUUACAUUUACUUGAGUAAAUUUUUGAGGAAAAUGUACUUAUAAAAGUAGUUUUACUAAGCCAUACGUUUUACUUGAGUAGAUUUGUAAAGAAGAAACACUACUCUUACUCAGCUACUUCGGGCUACACUAGACAUUACAUUUUUUCCUCUUUAUUUUGCAUGUAAGAUUUGAUUUCAUAUAUUUAUUUUUGCCAGAUGUGCCAAAAGUGGCUCAACCAGUUUCACCAAUGAGACGUUACAACAAUACUCACAUUACUUCAUUAUCCUAAUCAGACUCAAGCUUGCCAUUCUAUGAUCACAGCGGCCUGUUCAAUCAUGUAACGUCUUUAAACCAUCGUAAAAAAUGUAAAAGUAUUUGGCAUAGAAAGCUGCCAUCAAUAUGACUCAAAAGUAGGGUUGUGCUAUCUUAGGCACCCUAUGAUUCGUUUCGAUUACGAUUCAGGGUGCUACGAUUCGAUUAUUGAACGAUGAUUACGGUAUUGACGAUGAUCACGGUUAUCACGAUUAUCGAUGCAUCACACAUUACUAAUUAAUAAAGUAGCCAAACAAAUUUAAGUCCACUACUUAUUUAGAAUAUCCUAAUGAUUCAACAGGAACGAUGGAAACGUGCAGAUACAACAAAAAGCUGCCCUUAAAUUGCUUUUUGUUUGUUUUGUUUUUUUACACAAGAAAGUGCAAAAACAUUAACCAUUUUACAAUACAAUUUUACACUGGUGGAAUGAAUUCCACAUUUUCUGGAAACAAAGUGUCUUUAGAAAUAAGACUUCUAUUAACCAAUAUACUUUUUUUCCAGAUUUCUGUACUAUUUCGCAUGUUUGUAGUGUUACCGCUGUACUUAAUCAUGGUUUUACACGUUCUGCAUAUGGAGUAACUUUUGCACACCAACAGACAAUGCUCAAAUGGACAUGGAAAUAGACUUUAGCGAAUGAGCUAAUUAGCUUAGCGCCCGGAACUUCCUGUUAACAUCUCAAAAACAACAACAAUAAAGGCCAAACGGUACAAGAGGGUUCCUGCACUCAUCUUUUAUAGACGCACACGGGUCUUGGCAACACACUCAGGAAAUUUUUCAAUUGACACGACUCAAAACUGCUGCUGGACAACUGAAAGACAAGGAGCAACGAACUAUCUCUGUUCCCCUCUCGCUCUAAAAAAAAUAACUUGCGCACAGAAGCACGACUGCCGGGUCCCUGCCUGUCUCAUACACAAAUCUAUUUUCCAGUCUUUUGAAAAGGAGUAAAUCUCUCGCUUAGUAACCGGCAGCAUCCAUCAUAACGUUGUGCGUGCGUUCGUUAAAGGUAUCCAGGCGGCAGACGUGUAUUGAAUUUUGUUCCGCUAUGACCGGCUGUCAGAGUUAUUAGGGAAAAAUAAUCGUUUUUGAACAUUUAUGAAUCGUAAUUGAACUGUCACGGGUCGAAUCACAAUGCAUCUAUAAUUGAUUUUUGGCACUCCCUUACUCAAAAGUGCAGAUUUUAACCUCUCUCCCAGUUUUUAUUUGGCACCGACUGACCACGGACUUUUAAUUUCAUAAAAGGCAAUAUGUUUUCCCCACUAGUGGGCAUUCAUGCUCGUUGAAUGAAUGAUGCUUCAUUCCUGGAUAUUUUUCUCUCGCCAGAAUUCAAUGAUUUUAUUUUAUUUUUUUUUAUUUCUUAAUGCGGCUUGUGUCGGGUAUAAUCUUAUUCUUCACCAAGCUAUAAUAAUAGUUCACAUAGAUUAAAAAAUUUUUUUUUUUUUAAAUUGCUAAAAAAAUAAAAAAUCAAACAUUUUAAGCAGUUACUUACAAUGUUACUCAUUACUUGAGUAUUCUUUUCACCAAAUAUUUUUUUUACCUGAGUACAUUUUUUGGCUGACUAUUUUUACUUGAGCAAUAUUGUUUUGAAGUAACGGUACUUUUACUUAAAAUUUUUGACUACUCUACCCACCUCUGCCGAUGACCCUUGAAAUCAAUAGUGUUGGUUAUGUUUUCAGGAUAAAGUUAUUUUAAAAAAGCCAGUGCAUGUCUGUUGUAUGAACAGGAACAUUUGUAAUGCAGCAGCUCUGCAGGCUAGAGGCUGUCGAGGUAAGCAGAGCGGAGUGAUAUCACGUUUUUUUAGCCGCUGAUUUUUUUUUGUUGGAACGAAGGAGACUGCCUAUCCCAAUCAGUCACCCUGAAGCACCGUAUUGUUUACUCUUUGACCACAACAUGGCUUCAUUUGAACAGUUAGAUCUGUUAAUAUCGUUUUGUUUUAUUGGCAUGCUAGCAAGCACCAUUGUCUCAUGCUAGCUUAGCCACUCCGGAUCCCUGCACCAAAAAAAAAAAAAAAACGAACAAACUACACGGAAUUUGUUGAAAGCAACUCCACCGACUAAUUAUACCCCCGCUAACUCGACAAUUAAACCUAAUGUCAAAAAUUCCCCUUUAAAUUCUGCUGCUUUACAAUAGUGUUUUUAACAAUUUACUGUUAUUACUUUACACUCAAAAUGCUACUUUUUAUGAGAAUGAAAUUCCAUUUUGCAACUUCAGUUGUAAUGUUAUUGUAAAAAUGAAUAUUAUUAAAGGGAUAAAAGUCAGAGUGUUGUAAGGAGGGAAAAAAUCAGACCAUAAAGUGACUGAAAAGUGUCAAUGCUAUGAUUUUCCUACAGGAAAUCCAGUAUGAAUUGUCAAAUACAAAACAAUUAUGAUUUGAUGCGAAAAUUACAAGAGAAUUCUAAUUUAAUGUGAAUAUGUCUAAAAUUGAAAGUUUAAAAAAAUGCCAAUGUAAUUUUUUUCAUAAUGUACAACUCAUAAAUUCUGACUAAGCUUUGCAUCAAUACACAUGCACAAACACAAAGAAAACAUCAGAUGAUGUUGUCCUUGUUUUUUCUUUGCCUUUUACCAAAACUCUGCUGCUCUUCGAUGUUUUCACUGUUUAGGAUUUUUCUUUUUUUAAAUGUUUUAUUUUUAAUGUAUAAGCUUUUUUAAUUGCUGAAGGGUCUCAAGGUUGUGAUGUUUUCUUAACCCACACAGUGGCCAGUGUUUCUUGAAAUGAGGUGCAAGAGAGUAUCUCAGGUUCUUUUACAUCUGCUUGUGUUUAUGUAUAUAUGUGUAUAUUUAUAUAUACAUACAUAUGUAUGCAUAGUCUAUUCAUAAGCAGCCCCCACAUUCCGACAAUUAAGAAGACCAAAUUGAAAUUCAAAUGUCCAGUGAUCUUGUUUCCCCACUUUUACUUGAGAACCACGGCUUCAUUUUGUAAUUUAUUUUAAAAAGACAAUGCUGAUUAAAAAGUCCAUCGUGAAAUAUGCAUAACGAUAUGUGGUGUAAGAAACGUGUCUUUUUUUUUGUUUUGUUUUUGGGUUUGUAAAGUCGAGUGCGCAAGGCUCUGCGUGAAGUGGUUACAGUGCGCAGGAGCCAAAGAAUUUAGGGUUUUAUUUUUUUCUCUUGAUAUUGUUGGUUCUUUGUAGCCUUUGUGUGUGUUGCCUUUUUCUUAAGAAAAAAAAUUGAAAAGGAAAAAAAUGCUGGUUAAAAAAAGUGGUCGGGUGAAAUCUUUGUGUACAGUCCCGAUCCGCCGUCCUUUCUACAGUCCCUUUAUUUGCUUUGUAAGCCAUCUUUUCCUCGUCCUCCUUCUUCUGUAUUCACUUGCAUGUCCUCCUCGUCCAAAAAAAAGAAUUGACGGUCGUACACAUCUCGCCAUGUUCCUGUAAGAUAAAAAUGAAUUCAUGUUCUUUUUUUCCCCCCUUGUACCCGCCUCAAUAUCAAAUAAAAUA